CACCAUCAUUAGAUGUACAUAAUUAUCAAUACUUUCCCAUCUCCAUCUCUUGGUCAUACACACUCACACACAAGAUAGAUAUACACUCCCCCCCCCUCCUUCUUCAGUUAUACCAUAACCCUUCUCAACCCCUCCACCCCACCCAACACCCUCCUCCCCGUAACAGCGCACCUCCCCUCCCCGCUCUCCCACUUCCUGCUGCUCCCUCCAAGUGCUUUCUCAACCCUCUCCAUAAACCUCUCCUGAUGCGGAUUCGCACCAGAGAUCCACUUGUGAAUGCAGCCGUAACAGUAAACAAUCCCCGUCUGGCACGCGGUCGGCGUGGUGAUUUCUUCCUGGCAGAUCGGACACAGACUGCUAUCUUCCUCCUGCCGUUUUUUGUCCUCCUCACCAUCGUCAUCUUCCUCUCUUGGGAUGGCAGCAGCGGUGAAAAUAGGCAAGAGGGACGACGACGCGACGGGGGCAGAGGAGGCGAGUUGUUCAAGCAACUCUUCCUCUGCUGGGGGGGUGUCGGACGGCUCAGAGAGGGAGGGAGGCGGCUGUUUCAUUGGGGAGACAGAUUUGGGCGUGGUGGUCAUCCCCGGCGGUGGAAGCUGGAGCGACUCGGCCGCCUUCCUAGAGAGCUGCUUUGCAAAAUCCGACGAGUACCACCACUCCAGAAACUUGAGCGCAAAGAUACUAGUCGGUAGCACCAAGGAAAGGGAGGAGAGCAGUCUCUGGAGGAUUGACCUCGAUCUGGUCCCAUCCGCGGGGAGGACCUUCUCCCACUCCUCUAUCGCCUUGUAAUCUGCCGGUCCCAUACGGCGGAUUCUUGUGCCGAUGAGCCACAGGAAGGGGGAGGAGUAUUUCGUGUUGUCAAAGAGGUACCCCAAGGAGAAGGCGAGGAUGGAGAGGUGGUAGGUCAUGUUGAUUGUCGGGUAGAUUUUCCUGAGGAAUAUUUUGUAGUAAUAACCCAGUUUUUCCUUGAGGGGAGCGCUGGGUGAUGGAGGGGCGUUGUAGGCUGCUCCGAGCAGGGCCCUGGGGGCGUCGACCUCGUGGGCUUCAUCUAGUUUUCUUUUGAGGUAGGGGAUGAGGACUAUGAUGAAGAGGUUCUUGUAGACGUCUUUUGUUCUGAGGGCUAGGGCUUCCCGCACGAUUUGGGGGGCGUGGGUGGAGGCGCGGGGGAUUUCGGACGUGAGGGCGCGCUCGCGUUUGAGGCCGUAGAAGUUCUCGGUGAAGGAGCCCUGGCGGGUGAGGAGGUAGUGGCGCUCUAUCAGGAGGGAGAGGAGGGCGUAGAGCUCGUCGAAGGAGUUGAGGGCGCGGAGGAGGUGGCGGGGGUAGCGGUGGGUGAGGAGGGUGAGGAGGUAGCGGAGGGUUGGGGGGAGGAGGGAGGAGAGUUGUUGUUCUGAGAGAAGCUCGAAGAGGGAGGGUUUGCCUGGGUCGAAGGAGCCGCGGAGGGCGGUGACGAACUCCAUUCUGGGUCUGUUCUCCGGGAUGAACUGAACCGUGUUGAAGAUGGUCAACGGGGUUGUGAUGGUUGGCGCAUAUGUGAUGUGUAGAUGAGAUCUCAAGAUUUGAAUGUGAUUGCAACGGAUGCGAUCACCGACAAGGGUUGGUGCGGUUAAGCAUGUUUAAGCUAGCGGUAGCGGGCAGGGGUUCCUGACGCGAUUUGCCGAGGCACGUUUCCCCAGGUGCGGAUUUUGCAGUUGAUGCAGUUGGGGUAACCUCCACCUGAAAAGCAGGGGCUAGAGAUGGGAAAUACGCGGGGGAAUCCCAUAUAUCCUUUUAAGCCCCCAGAUGAGCCCGGUAUAUUGCAUGUGUUGCUGGACGUUGUUUGGUGUGCCUGUUCUUCAUUCAGGUCGGUCUAGAUUCGAUCUGUAAACUCGUACGUGACAUCCGAUUGUUACUCUAUUCUUUGGUGUUAGUUGCAGCCAACCGCAUUACCUUCCUCAGCCCUACAACCCUAACCCACGCCUGGAUCUCAACCCCCUAGCCACUCAUCACCAUGUCCAAAGACAAAAGCGGCGCGUGGGAACACGACCAAGACUACCUCAACCUCAAGGGCGAAGCCAGAGUCAGGGCUCUCAUCGAGACCUUUUCUCAAAAAGCCAUCAACAAGGAAGACGAGGAAUGGACCAACUCCUUCUUCCCCAACCUCAAACUCGUCUCCGCCUCAGACGAACAACCCCACCCCAAAGUCCUCUUCAGCUUCACCGUCGAGCCCCAGCACUGCAACCGCCUCAACAACCUCCACGGAGGCUGCACGGCAACCCUCUUUGACUUUUGCACCUCCACCGCCACCGUCCUUGUGUCCAAGCCCGGGUUCUGGCAGUAUCUGGGGGUAUCCCGGACGUUGAACACCACCUAUCUCCGUCCAGCCCCGGUCGGCACCGAGGUCUUGAUUGAGUGUGACAUCUUGCAGAUCGGGGCGAAGAUGGCUACCUUGAGGGGUGUGAUGAAGCGGAAGGACAACGGGGCGGUCGUGGCUGUGUGUGAGCAUGGGAAGGUUAAUAUUGAUCCUGCUCCGAAGUUGUAGUUUUGGCUGGAGGCGUUGGGUUGGGAUAGCAAGCGUAGGCGGUCUUUUGUUGAUUCUUUGCAUAGAGAUAGACAGUUGGGCAUAUACCACUUUUCGAUGUUCACUGGAGGUCAAGC